GCUGUCCAAAUAUAUAUGAGUGGGUACUGAAGACUGUGCAUACAAGUUCUCUUGAAAUAUAUAAAAGCCAUUGUUCAGGUUGAUGCACAACAUGUGAGCUGCAGCCGCAUAACAGAAAAGUGUGAAAACCAGAGAAGCUUUUCCUGCUUCAAACUUUCACACACUUAUCUGCUGCUACAACCUGCUGCACCCGAACAUCUUCAGCACAUAUGGGUGCCUGCCUCUGAGGCAACAUGGAGAGAGAAGGGAUGCUGGUCCAUUCUAUUUACUACGGAAGAAUUGGGAGCGAGGUCACGGAGAGGCUGCUGGAGAGGUUUGGACAUGAGGGCAGCUUUCUGCUGAGAGACAGCGCAACUGUGCAGGGAGCCUACUGUCUGUGUGUGAGGAAAGCACCAUUUGUGCACACCUACAGGCUCGUACAUGCCACUGACAGCUGGAGUCUGCAGGAUUCAGGAGUCAGACUGCAGAAUUUUAGGACUCUGGAAACACUGAUAGAGGGCUACAGAAGGGCCGCAGCCUCUGACGUUAGUAUAGCCCCCCUCACAGAUCCACUGGUCAAAACACAGCUACAAUACAGCAGCAUUGGAGAGUUUGUCUACAUGGAAACGUGCAACAGCAGCAGCAGCAGCUCUGUCUGUUGAGGCCGUGCCUGUAGCCUGGCAGACCAACACCGGUAAUCAGAUGGACAAACACGAUCACAGAAACGAUUUCAUAUAGAUAUAUUUCACCAUGUACUCAAGAGACAUUGUAAGCCAUUGAAAUGUUUUAACUUGGUGUCUGAGUGAGUGUGGGAACAGGGUUGUUCAUAAAAAUAGGUGCUAUGCAAAUCUAUCACACACUAUCUCUGUUAUUGCGGUUUCUUUUUUCUAAGACCUAUGACCCAUUGUCUGUCAUUGUGGGUGAGGUACACACCAUUAUGUCCUCAAUGAAGUCUCCAGUUGCUGUGUGUAUUUUGAUGUUUUGUGUCAUAAAAGAAAUAUAUUUUUACAUAGUUGUGGCCCUGUAUUGAAAUGGUGUUUUUUUUUUCUACAAACACACAGAUACCGAGUAAACGUGUGUUUUUGUGUUUUAUAUCUAUUUGGGGAAGUCACACAGUGAUCUGUGUGGUUAGUCUUAUCUGAAGCCACAGUAGCAACACAGGAAACAUAGCAAUGCAGGAAAGGCGGAUCAUAAAAUCGAUUGUGGGCACACACUUAUUUCAUCACGUGACUUUAUUUAUUUUUUUAAUCAUGAGGUUCUUCUGACUGAUGGUAUCUAGUCUUCAAGAUGAGUCAAAACAAACUUUGAUCUGGUAUCAAAUAGAAAAAAAUACAUAAACCGUGCUCCUCACAAUAUAUAGACAUGUGUCCGCUGGUCUGGCAGUUUUCAGUUUUAGCUUCACCUUAGACUUAGUCAGUGUUACCGUCAAUCUGUCAGACUGACACACAGUGUUUCUUCUUUCCUGAUAGUUCCUCUUAGCUGCUAAACUGUCAGCAUACAUGACUUUGUAGCAAAUGUCAAAUUUAUCGCAUUUUGACAGAAGCUGCACUUACUGCUUCCCCUUAAAUAUGUCAUUGUUUUUUGUCAGUCUAAAGUAUCUGCAAAGUAAGCCAGUCAACAUGUGCAAAGUGCACUGCGAUAACAAACAACUUUGGCGUGUGGCUCUAGCCCUCAUAGGAAGUGUCAUUUUUACCAUAACACAUAGUACCCCACAAUGAUAUGGUUUCUGUCAGAGCACAGCAACAAUAGACCUUCAUCUUUACUUCAGCUCACUGCUGCUGCGGUCCUGUUCAUGUUGUCCUGUUGUAUUAUAGAUAAUAUCUGCUGCUCUGGCCAUGAACAUUGCAUUGUUUUCUUAAUGGCAAUGUAUUUCAUUGUGAAUUGAUGUGAUCUGUGUUUAAUAUCUCCAGUCUGUGUUUUCCGAGUCAGUUAUUAAACCGGACUUGAAUAGAGUUGGCUUAAUGAAACAACUUCUUAAUCACAAUGUAACAGCCAAAAUUGUGAAAUGUGCCUUUAAGAGACUGUGUUGCCUAGAUACGAGAGAAGCGUCAUCACACAGCGCCUAACCUGUCUUGA